CCCCGCUCCUCUUCUUUUUCUGCCUCUCUUCACAUUCCAAGUCAAACACUUCUUAACUCACUCUUUCAGCUCUUCAGAAGCCAACACACCCAUUCAAAUCCAAUCCUCAUUGCCCUUCAGCUUCUUUUAUUUUCCAUCACACUAACUAAAGAUAUUUCAUUCUUGUUUCUUCUUUCCGGGGUAGAAUUUUGAGAUGGAUCGCCGGGGUUGGCUCUGGAAGAAAAAAUCAUCUGAUAAAAGCAUAAAGAUUGAGGAUGAGAAACCUGUCUCUUAUGAAUCUGUUGUUCCAACCUUGUCUUCUGUUGCACGUGUAGAUAAGCAAGACAACAGCAAAAACAAGAACUAUGUUCAGAUAUCCAUGGAGUCGUAUACUCAUAUGUCUGGAUUGGAAGAUCAAGUUGUAAACUUGGAGGAUCAACUAAAAGCUUUGGAAGCAAAGCUAUCUUCAGUUCAUACGGAAUUAAAUAACAAGGAUAAUCUAGUUAAACAGCAUGCAAAAGUUGCAGAGGAAGCAGUAUCAGGUUGGGAGAAAGCUGAUGCAGAAGUUGUUUCCCUAAGAUGUCAACUUGAAUCGGUAUCUCUCUCUAAGCUUACCGUCGAUGAGAAAGCAGCUCACCUAGAUGACGCCCUAAAAGAGUGCAUGAAGCAGAUAAGAAUUGUAAAGGAAGAAAGUGAGCAUAAAUUGCAGGAAGUGAUUCUUAUGAAAUCUCAUCAAUGGGAGAAAAGCAAGUUAGAACUUGAAGCUCAAAUAGACAAUUUGGAUGAAGGACUACGUGAGUUAGCCAGUGAAAAUGCUGCCCUUCUAAGAUCACUUCAAGAAAGUUCAAACAAAAUAGUGAAACUAAAAGAAGAAAAGUCUGAAGCCGAGGGAGAGGUUGAGCUUCUAACGAAGAGUGUUCAGUCAAAAGAGAAAGAAAUAUCUUCUUUGAAGUAUGAGGUGCAUGUAAUUUCUAAGGAGCUAGAUAUCCGAAACGAAGAGAAGAAUAUGAUUAUGAGGUCUGCUGAAGUGGCAAACAAGCAGCACACGGAGGAUGUCAAGAACAUUGCCAAGCUAGAGAAUGAGUGCCAACGACUUCGUGGUCUGUUGAGAAAGAAGUUACCUGGGGCUGCUGCGUUGGCACAAAUGAAGCUAGAAGUUGAGAGUUCACAUCAUGUCAUCGGUGCAUCCCAUCUAAGAAAAACUACUUCAAAAAGUGAUAACCUGCAAGAAUCUGAGUUUCUUUCCAAAAAAUUACAGGUUUUGGAAGAAGAAACAAGGACAUUGAAAGAAGCAUUGGCCUCAAGUAAUGCUGAACUGCAGGCUUCUAAAAACUUGUAUGCUAAAACAGUUGGCAGACUUAAGCGCUUGGAAGCAGAGAGGCAUCAAGAAAGAAGCACCCAGAAAGCAAUUUUGGCAAACAAUUAUGAAAACUCCUUUAUAAGAAUUUACAGCUACUCACCGAGCAUUACUUCUAUCUCUGAUAAUGGACAUGAGGAUCCAGAAAGUCCUGUUGAGUCCUGUGCGACAUCAAUUCUUGACCAGUCUGAUAUAAAUAGAAUUGGAAGUGUAGGUAAAUUUGAGAAUCAUAGGAGUGAAACUGUCUCAGAACUGAUGGAUGACUUUUUGGAAGUGGAGAAGAUGGCAUGUUUAUCAGACAAUGGUGGUGUACCUCUUGGCAUCAUUAGUAAAACUAGAGAUACAGCCGAAGACAAAAAGGAGACUGGUUGUUUAUCUUCAAAUCAAAAUUGUUUUGACACGACGAACCAAACUGAAAGUAAUAACCCCGAUAAGGCAGCUGAACAUGAUGUGCAUAUGCAAGAUCUUGAAGAACAAAAGCUGAUGUUACAGGAAAACAUGCAACUUCUAGAAGAACUGAAAGCACAAUUGGCGUCGUCCCACAAAUCAUGUAGUUUAACUGAAAUUCAGCUGAAAUGUAUGACUGAGUCUUACAAGUCGCUUCAAACUCGUGUAGAGGAGUUAGAAACUGAAAAUAAGAAUUUAAAGGAAAAGAUGGAUGAGCUAAAGAAUGAUCUUACAGAGGAAAAACAAAGUCAUCACGAUGCUUUGGUGAGAUACAAAGAAAUUGAGGAGAAAAUGCAAAGGGACACGUGCUCGGUGUGUGCAUCGAAUUCAACAGCAAACUCCGGGAAGGAUAAAGAGCUAGCAGCUGCAGAGAAAAGGCUGGCAGAAUGCCAGGAGACUCUUUCUAUACUUGGUAGACAGUUGCAAGCCAUGUGCCCCCAGAUAGGUGUAACCACGACCCAUCAUAGUAAAAGGCUUCAAGUGAAUGAAAAGUUAGCCAAACCAUCUUAUGGCUGGUCUAAUUCUUACGGAUCCUGUAACUCAAAUGAAAUUGAGCAUGCUGAGGCAUGUAGCGUUGUGGCUGAUGAGUUUUCAUCUCAUAACUCUGGUGCCACAUCAUGCCUUUCAGACACCGAAGGCAACUUUUGGUUAAACUCUUAAGUUAUAUGCUUUCUGAAUCAAAUUCCUAUUCUUCUGCCUCUGCUGCAUGGAAGAAUCAAUAAAUUCUCAUAGUUAGCAGAGACAAGUAGUCACUAACAUUGUUACUUUCAUUGUCUUCUAUCGUUGGGAGCUCCCCAACGAUGUUGUACAUAGGCUAUAUAUGGUAAGGUUCAUGUGUGUCUGUAUUUCUCUUCAAUAUAUAGAUUUUGAUUUUGG